AUGAUUGAAACACUCAACUUCCAUCAAGUCAACAAUGUCAUUGAAAGCUGGAUGCAGCUUCAGGCUGUGCCCAAGUACUCUGAACAGGCCGGAGUAAUCCUCUUUCGAAAACUCUUCAAAAUCUGUCCAGCUGUUCUCCCUAUAUUUUCCUUCGGCAAAGACACUGUGGUUGAUGACGAAUUUCUAAAGAGCCCUCGCUUCAGAACUCAUGCGAAUGUUCUGCUGCGCACUUUCAGUGGUACUGUUGAUAUGCUUGGACCUAACUUGGAAGAUAUGCGCGACACAUUGGUUGCCCUUGGAAGAAAGCACAAAAGAUACGGUGUCAACAAAGAGUACUUUGAAUACAUGGGUAUCGCACUCCUAGAAACUGUCCAAGAACUGCUCACGGAAUCAUUUACUGCCGAACAGAAGCUAUGCUGGGAACAGUGCUGGGAAGUAAUGAUCAAUAUGAUGGUUGAAGGACUCGAGGAUUGA